GUAGUAAACAAAUAUGGCGGAUUCCGAAGACGAUUCUACAGAAUAUGAACAAAUUCCAUCUCAUAUUAUUGUUCAGAAACAACUUCAAGACUUGAUUGCAAUUCAGAAGGCCCGAGUUGCAAGACUGGAACAAGAUGUAUCAGUGAACAAUGAAACAAUAAGAGAUAACUAUGUGCCUAAAGACCAAUAUGAAACAGAGCUGAGUUCACUGCAGGAGAGUUUGAGAAGUGAUUAUGUUCCUAGAGAGCAUUAUGAGCUUGCAGUUAAACAACUUGAGGAGGAGAAAGUUGAACAUGCACAGACAAGGCUGAAGUUGAAUGAAGUUGUGGACAAACUGGAGCAAGCUAUGACAGAAAUGAAUAAUCUGCAAGACCAAUUACAGCAACAGAAGAUUGAACAUGAGAAAACGAAAGGUGCCCUGAAAAGUAAGACGAUGCAAGAAACUGCAAAAUCCAUGAAAUUACAGUCCAAGUGCUCAGAAAUUUCACGACAGUGUGAGCUACAAGAGGACAUACUAUCUUCCAAAAACUCUGAAAUUAAAACUCUUGAAAAGAAGUUACAAGAACAGCAAAAUUUAUACAAGAAAGAAUUAACUGAAGCAGAAAUUGAAAAGAAACAACAGAGAUACAUUGCUAAAAUGAUGGAAGAACAGGAAAGGAAAAAUUCACGUGGAACGCACCAGGCUGUGCCAAAAACAAAAUCCUUCAAAAGAUGACGUAUGAGGGACUGAAAAAAAUCCGAUAAAUCUAAGCAGUUGUGAAGAUAACAAAUUAUAUAGAAGUUAGUUUGGUUGAAUCACAAUGUGAUAAGUAAAAAGACUGUGAUAAGACUA